AUGACCCGUUACCAUGAGAUAGAUUCCCAAAUAAUGGAAGAAGAAGAAGAGGAAGAAUACAUGGAUAAGAGCAAGAGAGAUUUACAUAAGAAGGCGGACUUUGAUGAUCUGUUCCGUGACGCUACUCUGUGUGAUCGAUUUGUAAUGAUUUUAGGUUCCAUUGCAGCCUUCGCAAAUGGUAUGAGUACCCCUGUGUUCAUGUUUGUUUAUGGACAAAUGACAUAUCGUGCCUUUUUGUCAGACCCAAAAGAUAUAGCAAGACAAUUUGCCAUGGCUGUGGUAAUACUCGGAUCCUGUACCUCUGUUCUUGUAGCCACACAAAAUAUUUGCUGGAGUUUAACUGCUGCCAAAAUCGUUUCAAGGUUAAAGAUACGUUUUUUUGAUGCUGUUUUACGACAAGAAAUUGAUUGGCAUGACAAGCAUAAGCCUGGUGAAUUGGUAUCACGUAUGAUUAGUGAUACAUAUACGAUACAAAACGGAAUUGGUGAAAAAAUAGGUACUGGAAUUAUGAAUUUGGGUAUGGGAGUAUUUGGAUUCUUUUUUGCUCUUAUUGCAUGCUGGGAAAUUACUCUACUUCUUCUAGGUAUAUUACCUAUAGGAGGUAUUGUGGCUGGAGUAAUGAUGGUGAUUGUCAACCGUUAUGCAUCUAGAGCUCGCGAACAUUAUUCAUCAGCGGCCUCUCUUUCCACUGAGGUAAUGAAAAAUAUCAAAACAACUCAGAUAUUUAAUAGAGAGGAAUACGAAGUCGAUCGAUUUUCUAGUUUUCUUAUGCAAUCCCGUAAAACAGGAGUUAAGAAGCAAGUUUUGAUUGGUUUGACAACUGGUCUUAUAACGGCCUUGAUUUAUCUUAUUUUAUCCAGUUGUUUGGGGUUUUCUUUUUAUCUCAUAAAAGAAGGAAGAUCUGAUGGUGGUGGUGUUACUUCCUCCUUUAUGUCUCUUAUAUAUGCAGCAAUGGGUGUGCUAACGUUGUUUCCCAACCUUAUUUCAUUUAUGGAUUCAAGAUCAGCAGCUUAUAAAAUUAUUAAAACAAUUGACCGUAUUCCAGAAAUAGAUAUUGAAAGUUUCGGUACACCUUUUAAUGGUUUUAAUGAUUCUAUUGUGUUUGAAAUGGUUUCUUUUAGAUAUAAUAGUCGCAAGAGCGCAUCUGUAUUCAAUGGAUUAAACUUCAAAAUACGGAAGGGUGAAAAAAUAGCUUUUACAGGUGUAACUGGAUGUGGCAAAUCUACUAUUAUGAGUCUUAUUCAAAGAUUCUACGAUCCUACUGAAGGGGCAAUACUAGUAGAUGGAAAUGAUUUAAGAUUAUUAGAUCUUUAUCAAUGGCGGCAACAUAUUGGAGUGGUUUCUCAGGAACCUGAUCUUUUUACAGGUACUAUUAUAGAUAAUGUUCGCAUGGGUAAUUAUCAUGCAACCAUGGAUGAGAUUAUAUCGGCCUGUAAACGAUCAAAUAUUCAUGAAACUAUUAUACAAUUACCUCAAGGAUAUUAUACUUCACUAAGUGAAGGAAAGUUAAGUGGAGGACAAAAGCAGCGUGUAGCUAUCGCCCGUGCUUUAGUUAGGAAUCCAUCAAUACUUUUAUUAGAUGAGGCAACAAGUGCUUUAGAUCGAAAAUCUGAAAUGGAAAUGCAAGAAGCACUAAAUACUUUAAUGAAAGAAGAAGAUAUGACAGUUAUUGUAGUAGCUCAUAGACUUUCAACGAUUCGUCAUGUAGAUUGUAUAUUUCAUUUGGAAAGAACCCAUGGAGAGGAUAGUUACAUUUCAGAAUGGGGAACUUAUGAUGAGCUUGUACAUAAAAAUGGUCGUUUUUCUGCUUUGGCUAGUUGGCAAAAUCGUGGAUCUGUUUCUAAAAAUGUUAAUAAUUUUGAUGAUAAUCUUAAUUAUAAUGAUAAUAUUUUAUUUAACGAUUUAGACUACGGUGAACCAAUGAAUGAAGCGGAUGAAAUAGAAGAAAUAAGUGAUAAUCAAUUAGAUGAAUCUAUUUCCUCAAAUAGUAAUUCUACAUCCUCUGAAAUACCAUAUGAAUAUCGUGCGGAAUAUGAGGUUAACCAAACUAGUGUUUCCUUACUAAGAGUGGCACGGCUUACUAAAAAUAACUGGUCUAUUUUUCUAGGUACAUUAGGUUCUAUUAUUAGUGCACCCUUAUUACCAUUGGCAGCAGUUAUUUAUGGAACUGUAGUAACCGCUAUGGCUAAAUACGCUGUGGACGGGAAUGAAGACAACUUACGUAAAGGUAUAUUGAAAGCUUCUCUAAUUUUUGUUGCUUUAGCAUGUGCAGGUAUUUUGAGUUCAUUACUCCAGUCUUUUUAUGGAAUUUCUGGUGAACAUCUUACAUAUUCUUUACGAAGAUCUCUUUUUAGUGCCAUACUACGUCAAGAUCAGUCUUUUUUUGAUAUUCCUUCCCGUGAUCCUGGUAGUCUCGCUGGUAUUAUUUCUGGUGAUUGUGAGGUUAUUCAUCAGCUUUGGGGACCAUCUAUAGGAUCCGUUGUUCGUACUAUAGUUUUCAUUGCUGCAGGUAUUGUUAUUGCUCUCAUUUAUCAAUGGAAAGUAGCACUUGUUGCUGCGGCUUGCAUGCCACUAGUUGUUGUCUCUUUGAUAAUUCAGGAUAAGUGUCUUUCUGAUCAUGUCUCAAAGAAAAAAGAUGAAGUCAUUCAUACUAUAACGAAUGAAUGUUUUUCUUCAAUACGUACUAUUACAGCAUUCAAUCUUAAAGACCGAAUGGUACAACAAUAUCGUCAAGCUAUUGCUGCUGAUCAACGACGAAUUGAAAGAUUAAGUAUAUUUAAUGGAUUAUUUUCUGGUCUGAUACAGUUUUUUUUUUAUGGAACUGUUGGUAUGUCAUACUGGUAUGGAAGUAUACUUAUAGGUAAAUCUGAAGCAACUUUUUCUGAUGUUAUGAUAGCUUCAAUGGCUAUAAUGAUUUGUUUUCUAAGUAUCGGUGUAGAGGUAGGGAGUUUAGUGAAAGGUUUUCAUAGUGCUUUGUACUCCGCUAAGAAAGUUUUUUCAAUUAUUGAUAGAGUCCCUGAUAUCGAUGUCUACGAACCUGGUGAUACCGAUAUAGGUGAUGGAUGUGAUAUUAUAUUUGAGAAAGUACUUUUUUCAUAUCCAUUACGCCCCGAAGUUGUUGUACUUAACUAUACUGAUCUUUACUUUGGUAAUGGAAAUUCUAAUGGACUCAUUGGUCAGACAGGUUGUGGUAAGUCUACCGUAAUUCAAAUUCUCGCUCGCUUUUAUAACCCUAAACGUGGUCAUGUUUUCAUAAAUGGAAAAAAUUUAUCUGAAUUGGAUAUUGUUACAUGGAGAGAAAAUAUCAGUAUCGUACUACAGGAACCUUCUUUGUUUAGUGGUACUGUACGAGAAAAUAUUCGAUAUUCAAUGGAAGAUGCCACGGAUGAAGAGAUUGAAGAGGCAGCACGUACUGCAUGUAUACAUGAUGAAAUUCUGCGCAUGCCAAAGGGUUAUGAAACACAAGUGGGUUAUCUCGGACGCAGUCUAAGUGGUGGACAGAAACAGAGAGUCGCCAUCGCAAGAGCGGUACUGCGAAGACCCAGACUUCUUCUGCUUGAUGAGGCCACCAGCGCACUGGACACAGAAACAGAAGCUCUUGUCAAGCAAAACCUUGACGAAUUACAGGAGCUGUAUGGAAUGACAUCAAUAAUUAUUGCCCAUAAUUUGGCUACAAUACGAGACUGUGAUCAGAUUUUAAUAAUGGAACAAGGACAAUGUGUUGAACGGGGAACUCAUGAUGAACUUAUCUUACACAAUGAGGAGUAUAAAAACUACUGGCUGAUGACUCAAUAA